AGAGAUUCAUGUUAAUAAUGAACCACACACACUUCAUCUUUGUAAGAUUUCAUUUGAGAGAGAAGAGAAAAUGAGUCUUGAAGGAAAGUUGGUUUCAGAGAUAAAUAUUAAGUGUGAUGGAGAUGUGUUUCAUGAGAUUUUUAGGCAUAGACCACAUCAUAUUUCAACUAUGAGUUCUGAUAAAGUACAAAAUGUGGAUAUUCAUGAAGGUGAAUGGGGUACCGUUGGCUCUGUCAUUUUUUGGAAUUUUACCCAUGAUGGGAAGGAAAAGGUUGCAAAGGAAAUAAUUGAAGAAAUAGAUGAAGAAAAGAAGCUUGUUAAAUUCAAGGUGAUUGGAGGAGAUAUAUUGGACUAUUACAAAUCAUUUUACAUCACUGUUCAUGUUGAAACAAAGGGUGAAGACAAUUUAGUUACUUGGAUUUUGGAAUAUGAGAAGUUGAACCAAGAUAUUCCAGAUCCUCACACACUAAUGAAAUUUUGUCUUGAUGUUACAAAAGAUAUUGAGACUCAUCACCUAACAGGAAAGUUAGUUUCUGAGAUAAAUAUCAAGUCUGAUGGGGAUGUGUUUCAUGAAAUAUUUAGGUAUAGACCACAUCAUAUUUCUAGUAUGUCACCUAGUUAUAUACAAAAUGUCGAUAUUCAUGAAGGUGAAUGGGGCACUGUUGGUUCUGUUAUCUUUUGGAACUUCACCCAUGAUGGGAAAGAGAAGGUGGCAAAGAAUGUAAUUGAAGAAAUAGAUGAAGAAAAGAAGUUGGUUAAAUUCAAAGUGAUUGGAGGAGAUAUAUUGGACUAUUACAAAUCAUUUUACAUCACUGUUCAUGUUGAAACAAAGGGUGAAGACAAUUUAGUUACUUGGAUUUUGGAAUAUGAGAAGUUGAAUCAAGAUAUUCCAGAUCCUCACACACUAAUGAAAUUUUGUCUUGAUGUUACAAAAGAUAUUGAGACUCAUCACCUAACAGGAAAGUUAGUUUCUGAAAUAAAUAUCAAGUCUGAUGGGGAUGUGUUUCAUGAAAUAUUUAGGUAUAGACCACAUCAUAUUUCUAGUAUGUCACCUAGUUAUAUACAAAAUGUCGAUAUUCAUGAAGGUGAAUGGGGCACUGUUGGUUCUGUUAUCGUUUGGAACUUCACCCAUGAUGGGAAAGAAAAGGUUUCAAAGAAUAUAAUUGAAGCCAUAGAUGAAGAAAAGAAGUUGGUUAAAUUCAAAGUGACUGGAGGAGAUAUAUUGGAGGAAUACAAAGCAUGCUCUUUUACUGUUCAUGUUGAGACAAAGGGUGAAAACAACUUAGUUACUUGGAUCAUAGAAUAUGAAAAGAAGAAUGCAAAACUGCCAGAUCCACACACAUAUAUGGAAUUUGUUCUCAAUAUGUCCAAAGAUAUUGAGACUCACCAUCUCAACUGAUAAAUAAAUAUUGCUACAUAUGUAUACUUAUGUUGCUUGGACUUUUUGAUAAUAUUGAUGGAUGCGUGUUAUCUCACAUGGGCGCGACAAUAUUUUUAAAAAGUACAAGCAAUGCAUAUAUACCAUAUGUUUGGAAUUAAAUUGUUGUCUUAUGUCUUAUAAUAAUGUGUGGUGUGCUUUGUAAUGUCUA